CCUGUUCUAACUGCCAGUACUCAGAAGUCAGAGUAAGAGACAGAGGCACCCCAGAGAGCUGUGAGCCACUGAAUAUCAAAAUGACUGAAAAGGACCCAGAAACACACCUGGAGGAAGAGGAUGUUGAUGAGCUGGACAACAAGCUCAAUUACAAGCCUCCACCUCAGAAGUCGCUGAAAGAGCUCCAGGAGAUGGACAAAGAUGAUGAAAGCCUAACUAAGUACAAGAAGACACUCCUGGGGGACGGCCCUGUGGUGACAGACCCAACAGCCCCCAAUGUCAAGGUCACCCGGCUUAGCCUGGUUUGUGACAGUGCCCCAGGACCAAUCACCAUGGACCUCACUGGGGAUCUUGAAGCCCUCAAAAAAGAAACUUUUGUGCUAAAGGAAGGUGUUGAAUACAGAGUCAAAAUUAACUUCAAAGUGAACAGGGAUAUUGUAUCAGGAUUGAAAUACGUUCAGCAUACCUACCGGACUGGGGUGAAAGUGGAUAAAGCAACAUUUAUGGUUGGCAGCUAUGGGCCUCGGCCAGAGGAGUAUGAGUUCCUGACUCCGAUUGAGGAGGCUCCCAAGGGCAUGCUGGCCCGAGGCACUUACCACAACAAGUCCUUCUUCACCGAUGAUGACAAGCACGACCACCUUACCUGGGAGUGGAACCUGUCCAUUAAGAAGGAAUGGACAGAAUGAGCGCAUCUUCCCUUCCCUUUCCCCACCUUGCCAUCCAGAAGUACCCUGUCAGUCAUGUUCAUCACCCUGUCCCUCCCUGUUCACGGCUAGGUCCUUUCCCCAGUGAGCUCCACAUUCUGUUAUCAAUGCUUCUUAUCCCACAGUGUCUCUCAAAGUGGUCCCUGGCACAAGAUGCUUAACACCAGACGUUAAUCCUGCCCACUCUUUCCAAUCCCCAUCAUGGCCGGAUCUUCAGAAUUCUUCGUCUCAAUACACAGUCAUUUAAUAUGUCCUUCUAUUUUUCCCAUUUGAGCAACUUGAGGCCAGGAAAUAGAAAACUAUCACUAACAGUCCUUUGCCUUGAGUUCCAGUAGCUCGUCUGCAUCCCUAGAUUCUUCAUGGUUGCUGCUGGUUCAGUGAAGGUCCCGAAUCAUGUUCCCUAUCAGUUGGGGUUCUUCUUUUCUGGGAGACACUGUAAACCAUACAAGAGAGUAAAUAAAACUGUUGUAUGAUCUGACUGAGA